GGCUUCAGUUAAAGCCUUUGGGUUUAUAGAUGGAACUCAUUGACAGCGUUGAAUUUUUAUCAACAAAUUUUUCGAAUUGAAAUAUAUUAUAUUCAUUUGUAACUACUUGUUGUUUUUUAAAUAUAUUUAUAAAUUAAAAUUAAUAACAAAUUGAGAAUGGCUGUUGAGACAACUGGACUUUGGAUAUUUGGAUAUGGAUCAUUGUGUUGGAAUCCUGGUUUUGAAUUUAAAAACAGCAUAAUUGGACAUGUCAAAGGAUUUGGAAGAAGAUUUUGGCAAGGAAAUGCAACACAUCGUGGAACUGUUGACAAGCUUGGACGAGUAGCAACACUGAUUGAGGAUAAAAACGAAAUAACAUAUGGAAGAGCAUUUGAAGUUAAGGGUACUGCUGCACUUCCAUACUUGGAAAAACGUGAAUGCACACUUGGUGGUUAUUUAACAACAAUAUCAACAUUUUAUUCAAGAGAUGGUAAACAAAAUUUUCCAGUUGUUAUUUAUAUUGCAACAAAUAAAAAUGAAUAUUGGCUUGGUGAUGCACCACUUAAUUCAAUUGCCAAACAAAUUGUUGAAUCAAAGGGACCAAGUGGAUACAAUGCUGAAUAUCUUUUGAGAUUAGCUGAUUUUAUGCAUCGUUUUUUCCCAGAAGCACAUGACGAGCAUCUAUAUACCCUUGAAAUACUUAUACAUGCUAAAAUAAAAGAAUUAAAUCUUUGUAUUAAAACAUUAAUGGGCAAUCGAGAAUUUAAAAUUGAUACUGAUGGUGAUUUAGAAGCAUCAAACAAUGACAAUCAUCAGGAUAAUCCACCAAGACAAAAUUCAUUUCAAUUUCAAUCUCACGUUCCAGUCAAGGCACUUCGUUGUCUAAAACCGUGAUUUUUAAAUAAUAUAUAUUU